AUGGAGAAGAAUGUCCAGGUCGCGGUCCGCGUGCGGCCGAUGAAUGAACGAGAGAAAGCGCUGCAGCGCCCGAGCGUGGUAACAGCUCAACCAAAGGCACACCAGAUCACGGUCCGCAAGAAGACGUACACGUUUGAUCGUGUGUUUGGACAGUAUGCAACGCAGAAGGAGGUAUUCAAGGGCGCUGUUCAGAACGCUGCUGACGAAGCGCUGUCGGGAUUCAACUGCACCGUGUUUGCAUAUGGCCAGACCGGCACAGGAAAAACACAUACGAUCCAAGGUUCCUUGAGUCCAAACCAUGAAAACGCGGGUAUAAUCCCGCGCAGCGUCAACUACAUUUUCGAGAAACUGCAAGCGACGAAGCGAGAAUAUUCGGUCCGCGUAUCCUUCCUUCAGUUGUACAAUGAGGAAUGCAAGGACUUGCUGAGCGAAACCAAAAAGGACAAGCCUUUGCGCCUUAUGGAAGAUAUCAAGCGGGGUGGGGUAUACUGCCAAAACCUUGAGGAAAUCACGACUUUGACCGCAUCCCACGUUUACGAGCUGCUCGAGACGGGGGCAAAGAAUCGCAUGACGGCAGAAACGUUGUUGAACGACCAAAGUAGUCGCUCGCAUUGCAUUUUCACCAUUCGUAUUCACAGCAAGGAAGCCAACGUCGCUGGCGAGGAUAUUCUUCGCAGUGGAACGCUGAACUUGGUGGAUCUGGCGGGUUCCGAAUGCAUUGGCCGGUCCGGUGCCCGAAAUGCGCGCGCCAGGGAAGCGGGCAACAUCAACCAGAGCUUAUUGACGCUCGGGCGUGUAAUCACAGCGCUCGUGGACAAGCAUCCCCACGUGCCAUAUCGUGAUUCCAAGUUGACGAGGCUGUUGCAAGAGUCGCUGGGAGGCAAGGCCAUGACGACGAUCAUCGCUACCGUUGGACCAGGGGGUGACUGCGUCGACGAAACACUGAGCACGCUGGACUAUGCACAUCGUGCCAAGAGCAUCAAGAACAAGCCAGAAGCUAACCAACGUAUGACAAAGCACGUCCUGAUUAAGGAGUACAGCCAAGAGAUUGACGCGUUGCGGGCCCAACUCAUUGCCGCGCGCAACAAGGACGGCAUCUACUUGCCGACGUCGCAGUUUACUGAAAUGCAGGAGCGGAUCACGGGUCUGGCAACGCAACUAGGCGAGUUGGAGGACGAGCUCGAACGAAAGAGCCAGCAGAUCUUGGAACUAGAAGAUGCAUUGGAAAGCGUCAAGCAAGAAUGCCAAGAUGUGGCUGGAAAAUUGCAACAAACCGAGACUCGCCUCAUUCUAGCCAACGAUAAAAUGGAGGUCAAGGAGGCAGCGUUGAAAGCGACAGAGCGACAACUCUGCGUAACGGAGGACAUGUUGCACGAAAGUCGCGCGAACGAAACACACUUGCUCAACCAAGCCCACGUCGCAUCGAAAGUGUACUCGGACCGUGUUGAGGACAUUCGACAGCUGCACAGGAAACUCGAGCGCAAGCAAACUGUUCUUUCGCUCAACACCGCCAUGACAAGUGGAUUCGCCGACACGGCGGUCGCCCACUGCGCUGACUUUGAAGCGUCCAUGAACACGUAUCGCGAACAACAUCAAAUGCACCUCAUCGACAUCCAGUCGACUCUGGACGCUGCAACCGCCACAUUUGCGUCGGACAUGGCGAAAGUUCAGACUUCAGUGCACGCCAUUCAAACGACCAUUCAAGACGCCGUUGAACACCUCAUACAAGGCUUGGACACCCAUCGUAUGGCCCUAGGCGACCAGAACAAUGCGACAAAUGACGCGAUAUGGUCGGAAUAUUCUGCGUGGGUGGGUCACGUGAACCAGCUCAAACCGUUGGUGGAAAAGCAAACUCGGAAUGUUGAGCAAGUGAUGCAUAGUCUCGAUCUAGCGACGAAACAAAUGAUGGCGGAUGCGUCGGUCCAAUUGGCCCACAUGUCCACGAGCAUCGAAGAAGCAACGGCGGCCCAAGUUGGACAAGUGGAGGCCAUCAAGGAAUCUGUUGCCCGCGCUGUGCAUGAACAUUCGGUUGUCGCCACGACCGAAAAGGACCAGUCGGCAUCAACAUAG